UCAUAGCUCACCGAGAACGUUGUUGGCCUCCUCUCCUCUCCUCUCCUCCCCCUUUGAGUUUCUCGAGAGGCCUUUUUACUUACUUACUUACUGUCAGCCGCCGUCGCCUGAUUCCAUCAUCGAAGGCGACGGGAGCAGUUAGGGUUUAUCUACCUACCUAGAGCCCGUAUUCGCCGAUCUUCCAAUUUCUGCUUUUUUUCUUUAUACUCGAAAGAUGGGAAGCAGUCCAGCUCCGUUUCCCGAUAUUGGCAAGAAAGCCAAAGAUCUUCUAAACAAGGAUUACAUCUUCGACCAGAAGUUUACUCUGACAAUGCUGAGUGCCACUGGAACGGAAUUUGUGGCGACAGGUUUGCAGAAGGAUGAUUUAUUUCUUGGCGACAUAAGCACACAAUAUAAAGGUCAAAACACCAUUGUUGAUGUCAAAAUCGACAGCCACUCAAGUGUGUCGACGAAAGUAACUGUCAAAAAUCUCAUGCCGUCUGCUAAAGCUGUUAUCAGCUUCAAAAUACCUGAUCACAAGUCUGGCAAGCUGGAUGUGCAAUAUGUUCAUCCUCAUGCUACCCUCAAUUCCAGCAUUGGCCUCAACCCAACUCCUCUGCUCGAUCUGUCAGCAACUAUCGGAAGCCAGACUGUUAGCCUCGGUGGUGAAGUUGGUUUCGACACAGCUUCCUCUUCGCUAACCAAGUACAACGCCGGAAUCAGUUUCAACAAGCCAGACUUCUCUGCUGCUCUCAUGCUGGAGGAUAAAGGGGAGAGUCUAAGAGCCACUUACGUACACACGGUGAAUCCAACCACAUCCGUUGCUGCAGAACUGAUCCGUCGCUUCUCGAAUCAUGCCAACAGUUUCACCAUCGGAAGCUCUUACUCUGUCGAUCCUUUAACAACGGUGAAGACAAGACUCUCUAACAAUGGGAAAGCAGGGAUGGUGGUACAAAGGGAAUGGAGAUCCAAGUCGCUUAUCACUCUCUCAGCUGAGUAUGACUCCAAGGCUGUGAACUCUUCACCCAGGGUUGGUCUCGCUCUCGCCCUCAAACCAUAAAAGAAGCAAAGUGUUCUCUCGGUUUGGAAUACAAUUUUUUUUCAACAUGCCCAAAGGAAUGUAUUUUGGGUUUAUUAAAUCACUUUUUGCACUAAUCUUUUGUUUUCAUUGUGUGAUGUGAAAGAAAAGGGAGUGAUAAGAAAAAAAAACCCCCAUUUUUGGAAAAGAGAGUUGUUUUCUUUUUGUUUCUUUAGACUUUUGUUUCAAGUUGAUCGUUUUGUAGAGAUGCAAACAGUAGGCCUAUAUAGUCCAUCAGGAUGGACUGACAUAUGCAGGCUGAUAUUAUCAUUCAAUCAAUAAAAGAUUUUGGUUAAGACUAA